AGAAGAAUAUUUGUGUGUCGUCUAUUGUGCGGAGGAUCAAUGUGUGUUUCUGAUUCUUAUUGAACUGUAAAGCUCCAUCUUACAGCAGCUUUGACUAUAUUUGAUUGUUUUGCAGGAUGUUGAGGUUUCAGACUCUGUUAACUGAGCCGUGCAUGAUGCACAUUUUGCAUGUGGUGUUGCUUUUGGCCUUUCUGGUCCUCGGCCACUCUUCACCUGCUGUAGAUAACACGUGGGAGGAGUGGAAAGUCGAAAAUCACAGGGUUUAUGACAACGAGACGGAGAUCAGCUUCAGGAGAGCGGUGUGGGAGAAGAACAUGAACCUGGUGCUGAAACACAACCAGGAGGCUUCAGAAGGAAAACACAGCUACACUUUGGGACUGAACCACCUGUCGGACAUGACAACCGAGGAGAUCAACGAGAGGCUGAACGGUUUGAGGCCGGAGGAGGUGGAUCUUCUCAGAAACGAGACAUUCAAGAGAGCGAGCGGCUCAGUGGCGCCUCCGAGUGUUGACUGGAGGAAGUCGGGCCUGGUCAGUCCUGUGCAGAACCAAGGCAAAUGUGGGUCGUGCUGGGCCUUCAGCUCUAUGGGGGCUCUCGAGGGGCAGAUAGCGAAGCGAACCGGCGCCCUCGUCCCCCUGAGUCCACAGAACCUGCUGGACUGCAGCACCACCGACGGUAACCAUGGCUGCAGAGGAGGAAACCGCCCUAAAGCCUUCAAAUACGUCAUCCGCAACAAAGGCGUCGACUCCGAGAUAUCUUACCCCUACGAAGCCAAGGACAGGAAAUGUCGUUACUCUGUGAAAGGAAAAGCUGGACACUGCUCUAAUUUUAACGUCCUUCCAAAAGGAGACGAGAUCGCUCUGCGGGACGAGACAGCAUCAGUGGGACCUAUCUCUGUGGGUGUGUACUCCAAGUUGCCGUCGUUCCACCAGUACAGACGAGGUGUAUACAACGACCCGAAAUGCAACUCGAGCUUUCUAACUCACGCUGUCCUGGUUGUGGGCUACGGCACCGACAACGGACAAGACUACUGGCUGGUGAAAAACAGUUGGGGAACUAAGUGGGGAGAGAAAGGCUACAUCCGAAUGGCGAGGAACAAGAAUAACCUCUGCGGCAUCGCCAACUUGGCAGUUUAUCCAAUUCUGUGAAAACGUCACCGGAAUCAUCUCUCAGAAGAUUUCUUUUUUAAAUUUAAUAUCAGAGACAAGAUGUUUUUUUCUCUUUAAAUUGCAGAUGCUGUCCUGAACGUUAAAAAUAAAGCAAAUAUCCAAAAAAAUAAAGCAAAUUUCACAAAAAUUAUGGUUUCUGCCAUGGUGGCCUUUCUCACAGAUGAUUUUAAUUCUUGGAUGAUAAUCAAGAAAAAACUUGCUUUGUACUCUUUUGCAUAUCUCAUAAGUUUUAAGUGUAUUUUUGAGUUGCUGUGUUUAUUUCAAUGACAAUGUACAAGAUGUCAAAUGUACCAAAGUGAUUAGAUAACUCUCUUGACAAUGAAGAAAACAUAAAAAGAUAGAAAUUGUUUUUUUAUUUGCUGCAUUUAAUUUUAGUUUCAUCUGAUUGGUUCAUAAAAUUACUUGUCACCAUCCUUCUACGUCUCAUUUAUCACAUUAUUCUUCCUCAGAUCUCACAGUUUUUCUCUCAGCGGUGGUUCGAAGAGAAGUUUGACUUUUUCAUGUUUGAUUGUUGUAAAACUUCAGACUCAUAUUGAAUCAAUUGAGAACAGAAAAUCAGAUUGUCUCUCUUGUUUGAUUCAUGCAGUCUGAAAGCAGAAAGAGGGAGACGGUGUAACCUUGCACCAAAUGAAGCAUCACACGGACUUAAAUGCUCAAUUAUCUGCGGGUCCACAAUUACUGCAAACAUCAUCCGUCUCCUGGACAAAUUACAAUAUCAAAGUGGCAGCAUUUCCCAGGCAUUUGUUACAUUGAGUAUGUCAUGUUUUGUUUAUUAGAUGUUGUGAUUACAGGGAAGGCUGUUUGCAGGCGGAUUUAAAAUAGCGCUUUUGCCAUUUUCCAUAAUGUUCUGCAUCUUUCAGGGCAAAUAGAUUUGACUUAUAUGCAGAAUAAUGUAGCAGCAACAUACUGAUGAGGACGUGUGGUGGCAUUUAACGCUAAAUAUCACUCACAGCUUAAACAUACAAACAUCAACUGUGUAGGGUUUUGCUUGUAUUUGUUGAUGGUUUAAUAAAGAAUCAAAAUUGCA